AUGUUUCUAAAACAAGUCGACCUCACAACUGCGCUGAGGCCGGCAUACCUACCAGAUGAGGUCCUUUUGUAUGUCCAGGACAAUGUGGGGCUCUAUGAGGGCAAAAACAAGAUUCCAGACUAUCAAAAUGGCCAUGUUUACCUUACUUCCCAUCGAAUCUGCUACGUCGACAACCAAGAUCCCCGAAAGAACUCGACGGCAAUAGAUUUGAAGGAGGUUGACCGCUAUGAGUUCUACGCUGGCUUUUUGAAGUCUUCUGCAAAGAUCACGCUCGUCCCGAAACCUCCCAAACGAUCCUCUGUACAAAAUCGAGCUAUAUCUAGUCUCUAUAGUCCGUCUAGGAGCGCUACGGCCUCGCCCUUGUCUCGAACAGAUAGUCCCUUUCAUUUACCCACACCCGAGCCAACGCCGGCAAGUACUGCAACUUGGAUCUGUACAAUAUGCUCUUUUUCAAAUCCUGUUCCUUCGAACUUUGACCCCACAACGGCUAGCGAGCUCAUAACUCCCCUGGCCCCAUGCCUCAACUGCGGAAUAAAGCCCCAGUUCGGUCAUGUUCUGAAAGCAGCAAUAUCAAAUGCAGCUAACCGACCUUCCCCAUCAUCUUCUGUAGCACUCAGAACGCCCCUACCCGUCCGCGGACGCACUGAUGCGUCUCGGCUGCAGUCAGAUGUAGGAAACGAACCGUCUUCAAUCCAAGGCCAAAGGUUUAACCAACAAGGUCAAGAGGCAAGCAAGAGCACUUCGACUCAAUGCCCUAGAUGUACAUUUCUAAACCAUCCUUCACUAAGAGAGUGUGAGAUCUGUGGGGCUCGAUUAUUCCCCGACGAUGCAUCAACUGAUUUAGAGAAUCCCUUGCUGAGACCAGAAUCUCCUGGCCCAACAUUAAAUCAAUUACCCGCGCCUGGUACGGAAGAAAACGAAAGCAUUAAAUUGUCGUUCCGGGGAGGUGGCGAGAAACUAUUUCAUGAGCGCUUGAAAGGUUGCAUGACACAACGGAAAUGGCUUCUUCAAGGGGCUCCUCCAGUUCCAAAGCCAAACCGGCCGGCAGGUUCAGAUACGGGAUCAUCUGGGACAUCAACACCGUUGGGAGAAAGAGUCAAGACAGCGGGCAUUGCUGGUCUUGAACAGCGACGUCUUGAGGUACGGAAGAACAACGAGCUAGCUAUAGGAAAUGCUUUUGAGGACCUUGAGACACUGAUGGCGUCUGCUAAAGAGAUUGUAGCUCUCGCCGAAUCUUUUGCCACUUCCAAUGGGAGUGGCACGUCAGAAACUAGUGCAGUCGCAAAUGCAUUAGGACUGGUCACUACAAAAGAAAUGUUAGGCGGUGGCAGCAAUUCUGAGUCAUUAUAUAUCUCUGAGCUUUCGAGAAAUCUGGCAGAGUUCUUGACAGACGAUGCUAGGGGUGUUCUGCGAAAAUCUGGAGGGAUCAUCACUCUGGUCGACCUUUGGGCGAAGUUCAAUCGUGCCCAAGGUGGCGUGGAGCUCGUUAGUCCCUUUGACUUUGAAAAGGCCGCCAGGCUUUGGGAGAAGCUGAAGCUUCCAGUACGACUGCGAGAAUUCAAGAGUGGCGUUCUAGUGGUCCAAGCCAGCGAUCGUACAGAUGACAAGACCAUCAAAACAUUACUUGUUUGGCUCAGCGAUUUGCACUCACUCCCUCCAGAUAGAGAGCUUUUAUGGGAUUGGCAAUUGUUUGGCCGGGGUGUCACAGCCCAAGAUGCAGCUGAGAAUUUCGGAUGGAGCAUAGGCGUGGCAGAAGAAGAAUUGGAGAUGGCAGAAGAGAGAGGCGCACUCUGUCGGGAAGAGAGUAUCGAGGGUCUGAAAUAUUGGGAGAACUGGAUUGACGAUAGUCAGUUUCCCCUGCAGAGUCAAUCGUACGAUGUAAUAUGA